AUGUAUCGGAAAGCAACCAGAGUUGGUUCAACCUUGGGAAGAAUAAGUGAUUUACCUGACGAGUUAUUGGUGCAGAUUUUGUCAUUCCUUCGGACAAAAGAAGCGGCGAAAACAAGUGUUUUGUCAAAAAGAUGGCGUCCCGUUUGGAAAGUGUUUCUAAACCUUGAAAGAGAGUGUGUAGAGCUAUGUGCUAUAUGCGCUCUCGAUUUUUUUCCUUACAUUCUAAUGCAUAGCUCUAAAUUGCGAGUUCUCAGGUUCAAACAACAGAGAUGUUGCGGCAACCGUCAAAGAGGAAAGUGGAAGGAACCGAAUUUUUUGCCUCUAAGUUUGUACAGGAGUCUGGAAGCUGUUGAGUGGAUUGGGUAUAAAGGAAGAAGAGAUACAGAGAGAAAAGCGGCGAUCUACAUCUUACAUAAUGCAUGCAACCUCGAGAGCAUGGCUAUUACAGCCUCAACAUCCAACACUUAUGAUGAAAAUACUAUCAUACUGGCUGACUUAGCGUGCAUCCGGACGAAUUCUGGCCGAUGCUACGUUUCAAUGGAUCCUUGA